AAUAUUCUUUCACCUAUUCCGUCGGUUCACUUUCCCUCUCUCCCCCUCGCCGCCGCCGCCUUCCUCCGUCACAUCUCGCAAUCUUUUCCGGCAGCCGCUAGUUUCGCCGUUUACUCGAUUCAUCAAUAGAUAAAUUAAAAACCCCUACGGAGAGAAUUCAAGAAAAGCAAAGAGGUUGCGGGAGUGAAGACAUGGCUGAUAGAGUGUAUCCAUCAUCCAAGCCGGCGGCGAACGGCGCCACCGCAGCCGCCGCCGGCGGUGGAGCAAACCCAUCGUUUCCGGCCAACAAAGCUCAACUCUACAACGCCACGCGCCCCGUGUACCGCCCGCAACCGUCCCGCCGCCGCCACAAGCGGGGCUGCUGCUGUUGUUGCUUCCUCUGGACCACGUUCAUCGUCAUCACCGUUGUCAUCCUCGCCGCCAUCGCCGGCGUUAUUUUCUACUUCCUCUACCGCCCCGAACAGCCCAAUUUCGCCGUCAACUCUCUCCACCUCUCCCAAUUCAACGUCUCCUCCACCACCCUCACCUCCAAACUCAACAUCUCCGUCUCCGCCCGGAACCCCAACAAAAAGCUCACAUAUUUCUACGACCCCAUCACCAUCUCCACUUUCUCCGGCGACAUCCCCGUCGGAACCGGAUCUUUUCCGGCGUUCGAACACGGCACCAAAAACACCACCACUCUGAAAACAACAAUCUCCACCUCAAAGCAAACUCUCGACGCCGGAGAUAUCUCAAAGCUGAAGUCAAAGAAGACUCUGCCACUGACGCUAAAACUGGAGACUAAGGUGAAAGUGAAGGUCGGUGGCCUGAAAACCAAGAAAGUCGGCAUCAGAGUCACCUGCGACGGCAUCCACGUCAACGUUCCGGGAGGAAAGUCGCCGUCAAAAGCCACAACCUCCAACGUCGACUGCAAGGUUGAUCUCCGAAUCAAGAUCUGGAAAUGGACUCUCUGAACAAGAGGAUUAAUGAGUAUCAUCUUAUUAUCAAACUUUUUUUUUUUUUUUUUUUUUUUAAUUCAGUAGGAAAAAACAAAAAAGGUGUGAUUUUUAUUACUAUAUUUUGGGUUUUGUACGUAUUUUACACCAUGAUUGAUUAUAUUCUUUUGUUUUGCUUAUUAUACUUUUAUUGAUUGUUUUUC